GCUUUAGUAAGUUUUAUUUUGUCUCUCUAAGCUUAGUUUUCUCUCAUCCUUGAAGCAAAUUUCGAACCAUAGGCAGCCAUUGCCACUUUUGCUCAUCAUGAGGUCCUCUUCUCCAAGGCUGCUGUUUGAUAUUGAAAUUGUGAAAACGACGAAGAGGCUGCGGGAGGAAGCCGGUUUGCAAAGAUAAGCAGGGCAGUUCUUCGAAUUGCCCAGUUCACCAGACUGUCCAGUUUGAAGAGUUAGAAGGUUCGGAGUGAACCGAAGAGGAAACCAAUUCAAGCGGCAAUGACAAGAGUGGUGCGCCAUUAAAGGGAAAUCAUGGAUCAUUUUACAGAUCCUUACGAUCAUGGAUGGGAUGAUUACUCCUAUUUUGAAUGGACCAAUCCAAACCAACAAUAUCAAGGUCCACCACCACAAGGACACCACCAAGCUUUCCAAGGGUCAGACGAAAAUCAUGUUUAUUGGCCUCCCGAUCAAGAGGAAUUCACUCCGUGUUUCCAGCCACAAGAAUUCGUCCAACUCCAAUCAAAUCAUCCGCCAAUGCCGACCAAGUGCUUAGAAGAAAUGAUGGAGGAUCUAAUCGCAUCCCAGCAACUCAUGCAAAACAAUUUGCAAUCCAAUUACAAUGUGGUGCAUGAGAUGCAAGACGAACAAUAUGAGCAAAUGAUUAGUCUUGAUCAUCUUGCAUGCCAAAUGGCACAAUUGGCGACAUCCAUCAAUGAUAUGCGUGGGAAUGGUGGAGGAAUUUCUGCUCAAGCGCAACCACCAAGAGUGGAGAAUCUUGAUCAGAUCACCAUUAGGUCCGGGAAAGAGUUGAAAGCUUCAUUCCACAAUAACUCAAACAACAGACCGGGUGAAUCAUUGGAUCAGGGGCUCAGAUUGCCCAGUCCAAUACACUGCCCAAGUCAGGAGACUGCUUGGUUUGAAGAUGAAGAUAAUAGCGAUGAGGAGAUUGAAGAGAAUGUCAUCAUUCAACCCAAUGGGCAUACAUCCAUACCUUUGAGGCCAGAAGAGGCUAUCAUGAAGUGGUGCAACAAAUUGGAGCAUUCAAAGUCUGCCAGCAAGCUGCCCAAUCCAGGUGAACUGCCCAGUCUGAGGGCAGAGGAGAAAUUGGCACCGUUGGAAGUUCGGUCACCUAAAUUGGAGUUGAAGCCGCCACCCACCAACCUUAAACAUGUCUGCUUUGGGGAAAAUGACACUUUCCCCGUUAGCAUCAAUAGUGAUUUGGAAAAUGGCCAAGGUGAGAAGUUGAUCAAAGAGUUUAAAGGUCCCGACUUUCUUGAAGCCAAAUUUUUUCAAGAUAUGUAUGCAUUGCCCUCUAUUGAAGAACAAGUUGAGCUCGAAGAACUUAGUGAAUGCAAAUUGUUCAAGACUCAAGGGCUUAGUAGUGAGGAAAUAGAGGCUGAAAUAAUGACUUGGUGCAAGAAGAGGAAUCACACAAACCCACCUGAGAGAUGUAAACUCUCUGAUCCUAAGGAACUGCCCAGUCAGAAUGAACUGCCCAGUCCAAGAGUGGAGAAAGAGUUGCUAUCAUUGGAGAUUUAUCUACCUAAAUUGGAGUUGAAUGCAUUUCCUUCCAACCUCAAAUUUUUGGAAGAAAAGGACAUUAUUCCCAUGAUCAGCAAUGGUAGCCUGGACAGGAGUCGAGAGGACAAGACAAUCAAAGCUUUCAAGAGGCAUAAGGAGGUGACCGGUUGGACCUUGAUCGACAAUAUGUUGUGUAUAAGCCCCAAUGUUUCUAUGAUUUACAUGAGUUCAGAGAAGGGUUCCAAACUCUACAGGGAUCCUAAAAGGAAGUUGAAUGCUUCUGCUUGGAAGGAUUGGAAAGUAAGAUUUGAUGAUGAUUUUUUGGAAGAACACAGGUAUCCUGCCCAGUUUGUUGAACAGGGCAGUCUGGAUGCCACAGUGGGUAAAGUAGCCGAAGCCGAAGGAUCCGCCAAGCCAGCACAUGAGGCUGGGAUCGAAACCCAAGGAGGCAGCUGCACCAGCUCCGCCACCACCUAUCGCAUCAGCCCAUACCCCCCGCUUUGUGCGGGGGAGGUGAUUUCUAUCCAACCCUCUCUUUUAUUUGUUGUAUAUAUUUGUGGAAUGUGUGAUGUAUGUGUUUACUUAAAGUUUUUUGGUGUUGUGGCCUUGUCGGCCUUGUUUUGCAUGUUUUGUGGCCUUGCCGGCCUUUGUAAUUGUAUUUUGUGUUGUUAGUAAUCUUUCUCUAAACACCAGGUCUACUUGCUCUCAAGCAAGCAAUGCCCAAGUGUGAGGAGGCGGGAUUCUUGUGUGUUGUUCUUGGUUUUCUAAGUUUCAUGUGAUGUGUUUUCUUUUCCAACAUUUAACCAAACUUGCUUGAGGGCAAGUAUGAUCCAAGUGUGAGGAGGGGUUUGUUUUAUUGUUCGGUCGUGUUGGUGUUGUGUCUUUUUUGUAAAGAGUUACGUUUUAUCUUUUUUCCAAGCCUUGAUGCAUGAUUUGGUAAUGAUCCCCCUAUGGAAUCGUAGCAAAAAAAAAGAGAGACUUGCUUUGUUUUAAAAAAUCUAUUCAAGAACUUGUGGUUUUGAUUGAAUGAAGUUGAGUACGAUGGAAAUGUGAAGCACUGUCACUUGCAUAAAAACCCAUAAAUGGUAAGGUUGAAAGCCUCAAAGUAGAACACUUUCUACAUGUUUUCGAGCGUGGAAUGACAUUGCAUGAUAGUUGAUAUCGCUUGGUCACUAUGGCAUAGAUAGAGGGCACUAGGAAAAGCUAAAUUGAGCCUUAUUCUUUGUGAUUACAUCAACCAAAAAGAGCUACCCCUAGUUGCCACUUUGAAACCUUGAGCCUACAUUUUUUUUCCAAGUUAGAAAAUGGUUUCCCUCUUGUGCAAAGUAAAUGUGCUUAGUUACUCCAACAUGAUCACCACCUUUUGGGAAAGAGAUGGCAAUUGUAAACAUUCAAAAAAUUUUCCGCCCACACAAAAAAAAGGUGGCUGCCAUGAAAAGAAAAUGAGGAAGAAAAAAGAAGAAGAAAUGAAAACCAAAGAAGAAAAAAAAACAAAAAAAGGGAAAAAAGUGGAAGAAACAAGACAAAGAGAAAAUGGAAAAUAAAAAAGAAAGAGUGGGAAGGUAGAUCAAAGACCGAAGAAAAAGAAAAGAGAAGAAGAAGAAACAGAAAAUGAAGAAAAAAAAACAGAAGAAGAAAAUGAAGUGCAUCUCUAGCUUUUGGUUUGAUUGUGGGUGACUAUGUUUGGAAUUUCUAAGUACCUCUUUGGAGAAUAAACACUAAGUUUUUUGUUGUGCUACACUCAAUAGCUUAGGACCCCUAGGAUCUAACCGACAAUAUUUAAAUGGUCCAAAGCCCCAUUACAUCCCGUAAAAGACCCUCUUGAGCUACAUGUGAUAAAGUGAUAUCUCCUUGAUUGCAUUUUCGUCAUUAUUCUUGAGAGAAUUGUCCUUACAAUUAGAGAGGGUCAUGGAGUGAAUCUUUUGCUUGUGAUAUGUGCUUAACUAUCUUGUUGAGACCGACGGUUGGAACCACAUUGUUCGAUGAAGAAAAUUGUGUUUAAAAAACUAUGUUUUAAAAAUCUGUUUUGAGCUUGGUUCUUGGGGGUAUCAUUACGCUUUUCAUACAACUUGCUUAGUAUGUCUUUCGUGUGUUUCUUGAGUCGUUGUGUGUUCUCUUGUAAAUGUCUUUGUGUUUUGUGUGUGCUUAAUUUAGUGUGUGUGUGUGUGUAGAAAGUAGAGGGAAGUGAUUUAAACUAGCAUUUGAGUGAAAGGUCCAACCACAUACUUGGAACAAGUAUGAUCCAAGUGUGAGGAGGUUUGAUAGGCUAGUUUUCAUCACUCGGAAACGAUCACUUUUUCGCACUUAUUAGUUGAAUAUUUGCAAGAAAAAGAUGCUUUUUGGCAGGAAAUGAAUGGAAUGGUCCGACUAGCAUGCUAAUGGAAUGGAUUCUGGAUUACAUGCAAAACUAUAGACAAAUUGGAUGCAAAUUCAGUAGUUUGAGAAGGAAGGAAUCCACAAGACACAAACUGCCCAGUUUGAUGGAUUGGCCAGUGUCCGAGCAAUGUUGACAGCUCUUCAAAGUCGCAUUUCAAAGCAAAGUUGACGAGUCUUUGUGCUACCAACGCCCACAAGCGACACUUUUGAAGGCAAAAGAAGCCAACUACCAUCAUGGGGAGUGGAUAAGACUUCCACAUCAGAUUGGUUGGAAGAUGUGUAACAAAAUCAACAAAACUUAUCUUUUGGCUUAACUUUUCAACCACUUUUGAACCACCCCACUUUUAGCUAGCUUUAGUUAGUUUUAUUUUCUCUCUCUAAGCUUAGUUUUCUCUCAUCCUUGAAGCAAAUUUCGAACCAUAGGCAGCCAUUGCCACUUUUGCUCAUCAUGGGGUGAAGCUUGUAGUGAUGUAGUGUUUUAAUGCUUUGAAUGAUCUAGUUCCUUGUUGUACUCAUUUUCCUACAUCUUAACUCUCUAGUUAAGGUUGUUAGCCUGAUCUUAAAGAGCUUUUGGUGUAUUUAAUUCUCUAAGUGUUUAGUAUUUAUGUUUGGUUGUUGA